UGCACCUCGGGUGGACACCCUGGUUAUUUCUAAGGGCCAUCUGGGUUCCAAGGGCUGAGCUCAAGCCGGCCCACGGGGGCGUGGCCUCGAGCUCUGGGCGUGGCUUCGAUCUCGGGGGUCGUCCUCGCCGUCUCGCCCGCUCGCCUUCACCCGCACACCCGUUCUUUUCGGUUACUUUCUGCUACGGCCGUUCCCCGCCCUGCCCCGGGUCCACGGGGCCGUGAUCUGAUCUUCGGUCGGCUGUAGGAGUCGUCUCCGACCUCCGUCGAAAAUGGGGAACGUGCAGUCGGAGCCUUCCGCGGGCGGGGGCUCCCGAAAAGAGCAGGCCUCGGACCGCGCACCCGACUCGCGCAGGACGCCUCUGGUGGAGCCCGAGGUGACCCCCUCAUCCCCAGCCAUGCGCCUGGCUCGAGGGCUGGGCGUCUGGUUCCCUGGCAGUUCCGGGCCCCCGGGACUCCUGAUGCCCCCGGAGCCCCAGGCCUCACCCUCGCCCCUGCCCCUGACCUUAGAACUGCCCUCGCCAGUGACACCCCCUCCAGAGGAGGCGGCUACGGCGACGGUCUCCACACCACCCCCGCCCCCCGUGGGGACCCUGCUGCCCGCGCCAUCUAAGUGGCGAAAAUCCACGGGCACUGCAGUGCCUCGGAUCCGCGGCCUGCUGGAGGCGAGCCAUCGUGGCCAGGGUGACCCUCCGAGCCUCCGCCCGCUGCCACCGCUGCCCCGGCAACUGACCGAAAAAGAACCGGUCCCGAGGGCCCCAGCUCCCCCUCCGACGCUCCUGGAGCCUCGGAAGCAGCUACCGCCAGCCCCUCCGCCUUGCGACCAGCAGCAGCCCCCGAGCCGCAGAGUCACUCCGGCCUCGUCGCCCACAAGCCCCGCAGAAAGCCAGGUCAGACACAGCAGCGAGGGUCCGGCGGCCGGGGGAGCCCGCGGAGGGGCGCCUCCCCAAGGCGGAGAGGGUGAGAUGGCUCGCUCUGCUACUUCCGAGUCCGGCCUGAGCCUGCUGUGUAAAGUCACCUUCAAGUCGGGGCCCCACUUGUGCCCCCCGUCGACCUUAGGCCCCUUAACAGCCAAGGCCUCCCCCGGGGCCGGCGGAGGAGGAGGACUGUUUGCCUCUUCGGGAGCCAUCUCCUAUGCUGAGGUACUGAAGCAGGGGCCCCAACCUCCUGGUGUCACUCGUCCCCUGGGCGAGGCGCCUCGUACGGCUCAGGAAACCGAGGGCGGUGACGGAGAUUGUGAAGGAUGUUCUGGUCCCCCUUCGGCACCUGCUCCCCUUGCCCGAGCUCUACCGCCACCCCCUUACACCACCUUCCCAGGUUCAAAGCCCAAAUUCGACUGGGUGAGCCCUCCCGAUGGCACUGAGCGGCACUUCCGAUUCAACGGGGCAGUCGGGGGAAUCGGGGCACCCCGACGGCGCACAACCACACCCUCAGGGCCUUGGGGCUCCCCUCCACCAAAGUCAGGUCAGACGCAUCCAGCUUCCGGGCCCCGGAGGCCCGCGCCUGCCUUGCUGGCACCGCCCAUGUUCAUCUUCCCGGCGCCCACCAACGGCGAGCCUGCACGCCCAGUGCCUCCAGGUCGGCAGCAGACACCUCCGUUGCCACCACCACCGCCGACGCCACCAACCACUCCGCCACCGGUGCCGCCACCCAUACCACAGCCGCCAGCACUUCCGAGGACGCCGAUACUGGUGGCCCACACACCUAUCCCAGACCCUGGCCACGUGGAGCCAGCCUUGGCUCCCACUCCUGUCCCCGCUCUCCCCCCUACGGUGGCUGCCGACCAGGCCCCGCCCCCACCCCCGCCUCCAGCCCCCGCUCCGGCCACAUCCCCAGCUCCAGCAACCACCACCACCACCACCACCACCACCACCACCUCUGAGCCUGCACCGCCGGUGCCCCAGCCCACCAAGAUUCGCACACGCAAGAACAAAGGUCCCCGAGCCACCCGGGGUGUGAUCCGUGAAGAGGUAUCUGGGGACGGCCCUCGGGAACUGGCUGCGACUCCGGUGGCUGACGGCAGCGGCAGUGGAGGCGGUAGCAGCAGCGGAACCUCCACGGCUGGGGCCCCGAACAAGGGUGCAGCGCGCCACUGGCCGCCUUUCGAGGUGCUUAAUUCUUGUCCCUGCAAGUGCUACUGCCGCCAUCAACCCCGUCACCGACGCCUGCCACGCAACGUGUCUGCCUGGCUGAGUACACCCACCAACCACCUGAGCGAGCCGCCCUGGGUGGCCACUGUCAAGCUAGCUGGCUCCCUAGUAGCUGGCCUGGAGCACUACGACUUGCAGGCCACCCAUUCCAACUGAGGGCCGUCCGCCCAGCACCCUCCGCCUCACGUCCCCUGUCAAUAAAGUACCCGGUCUACACA